UGUACGCAUGCGCGGACAUGCGCGCUGUAAUUCGGACAUGAGCUGCAGGUCAGGUGGUGUCAGUAACAACAGACACAGUCUUCUUUUAGGUGUGACUUAUAGUGGCAGCGAUAAACGGAGAAAGAUUCGGUGACGAAUAUUAUUUGAAUAAGGUAUCAAACAUGUCUGAUGGAGAGGGAUUUGUGGUUCGCAUACGGGGCCUGCCCUGGUCGUGUUCCGUGGACGAAAUUCAGAGAUUUUUCUCGGAUUGUAAAGUCGCUGACAGCGGCACAAACAUCCACUUCACUUACACUCGUGAGGGCCGCCCCAGUGGAGAGGCAUUUGUGGAGUUGGAGUCUGAGGAGGAUCUGAAGAUCGCCCUCAAGAAGGACAGGGAAACAAUGGGUCACAGAUAUGUAGAAGUGUUCAAAUCCAACAGUGUUGAGAUGGACUGGGUCUUGAAGCACACCGGUCCAAACUGUCCAGAGACAACAGGCGAUGGCCUGGUGCGACUGCGAGGGCUUCCCUUCGGAUGCAGCAAGGAGGAGAUCGUCCAGUUUUUCUCAGGGUUGGAAAUCGUGCCAAAUGGGAUAACAUUGCCGGUGGACUUCCAGGGGAGGAGUACGGGGGAGGCCUUCGUGCAGUUUGCUUCACAGGAUAUAGCUGAAAAGGCCCUUAAGAAACACAAGGAAAGGAUAGGGCACAGGUACAUCGAGAUUUUCAAGAGCAGCCGCGCCGAGGUGCGGACACACUACGAGCCCGCCAGGAAGGGCCUAGGCGUGCAGCGGCCUGGUCCCUAUGAUCGGCCCGGCGCCGGUCGUGGCUACAGCUCCAUAGGCCGCGGUGCCUCUUUUGACAGAAUACGUCGCGGGACCUACGGCGGAGGCUGUGAUAGUUAUGAUGACUUCAGUGAAGGCUAUGAGUGCCAGCGUUUUGGACGAGUCGCUGAAAGUGUGUCAGAUGGGCGCUAUGGCGACGGGGGCUCGAGCUUCCAGAGCACGACGGGACAUUGUGUACACAUGAGGGGCCUCCCUUACAGAGCAAGCGAGACCGACAUCUACAGCUUCUUCUCCCCACUCAACCCUGCUCGCGUGCACAUCGAAGUCGGCCCAGACGGACGAGUGACGGGAGAAGCGGAUGUGGAGUUCGCCACGCACGAGGACGCCGUGGCUGCCAUGUCCAAGGACAAGGCACACAUGCGUGAGCAGAACGCAAAUGAGGAUUCAGACAUCUGGGGGCGGCCACCGGCGGGGCCCUCGCGCUAUGCUAACAUUGUAACAUUGCCUUCCACAGAGCACCGCUAUGUCGAGCUGUUCCUCAACUCCACUGCAGGGGGCAGCAGCGGAGGCUAUGGGAGCCAGAUGAUGGGAGCCAUGAGUAACCAAUCAUCCUACGGCCCCAGCAGCCAGAUGAGCUCGGGCUACAGUGGGGGCUACAGCAACCAGAGCAGCAUGGGCGGGUACAGUGACUACAGUAAUCAGGGCGGAUUGAGCAGCAGUUACUACGGAGGUGGCGGAGGAAGUCGGGGCUCCAUGAACAUGAACGGCCUGGGUGGAAUGAGCAUGGGCGGCAGCUGGGGCAUGUAGGGCGGCGGCUGGGGCAUGUAGACCUCCGCGGGCAGCUCUCACUUAUUUUAUUCUCAUUUUGUGGUCAGCGCUGGACAUACCGUUACUUAAGAUUACUCAUCUCUUAUUUAGCUAAUAUUCAGGGCAGUGUAAUCGACUGGGAGGAGUAAUAGUCUAUGUGGGUUUCGUUUUCUUUUUUUAUCGGAUGCAUGCCCUGCUCAUAGGCCUGUGUGUAGCUCUGUGUGAGUGACGGGGUGCACAGGGAAAUUCUCUCCCUCGCCUCUACCGGAGUGACUUGCUCUGGGUGUCGACCAGCACAUUGUAAAUAUGCUUAAAAUGGAUUUUUGUUCACCUUGCAAAAAAAAAUUUCCCACUCAAGGUUGGAGUGUUGGUGUGCGCUUUUUAUAGUGUUUGUUUUUUUUUUAUUGAGGGGGGGUUACCUGAAUAUGCAGUUAAUCGAUGUUUCUGUUCGCUGCAUUGCCUCUUUCCUCUGUGGUUCUUGUAUUGCAGAGAAAUAAAUUUGUUACGUGGGAA